AAAGAGUUCCUCGAUCCCAGGAUGUGUUUGCAGAGCCUCCAGCUGCCGCCCUGGGACCGAAGGUGCUCCAAUGAGCCACCCAGGGAAUGAUGAAGAAGCGAGUGGGGAGGAAUCGACGGCAAAGCGGCUUCGUCGGGAGGAGACUCACGUCUGUGAGAAAUGCUGUGCGGAAUUCUUUAGCAUCUCUGAAUUCUUGGAACAUAAGAAAAAUUGCACUAAAAGUCCACCUGUCCUCAUCAUGAAUGACAGCGAGGGGCCAGUGCCUUCAGAAGACUUCUCCGGAGCUGUGCUGAGUCACCAGCCACCUAGUCCGAGCAGUAAGGACGGUCAUAGGGAGCACAGUGGCAGCUCAGGGGACAUGAAGGAGAAGCCAGGUGUGGAGUCAGUGGUGUACUUAAAGACAGAGACGGCUCUGCCACCCACACCCCAGGACAUAAGCUAUUUACCCAAAGGCAAAGUGGCCAACACUAAUGUGACUCUGCAGGCACUCCGGGGCACCAAGGUGGCGGUGAAUCAGCGGAGCGCAGAUGCACUGCCAGCCUCUGUGCCCGGUGCCAACAGCAUCCCAUGGGUCCUUGAGCAAAUCCUGUGUCUACAGCAGCAGCAGCUACAGCAGAUCCAGCUCACUGAGCAGAUCCGAGUUCAGGUGAACAUGUGGGCCGCCCAUGCCCUCCACUCAGGUGGGGCGGGAGCCGACACCCUGAAGACCUUGGGCAGCCACGUGUCCCAGCAGGUUUCUGCAGCUGUGGCUUUGCUCAGCCAGAAAGCUGGAAGCCAAGGUCUGUCUCUGGACGCCUUGAAACAACCCAAGCUACCUCAUGCCAACAUCCCUUCCACUGCCAGCUCUCUGUCCCCGGGGCUGACGCCCUUUGCACUGAAGCCAGAUGGGACAAGGGUGCUCCCAAAUGUCAUGUCUCGCCUCCCGGGUGCUUUGCUGCCCCAGACCCCAGGCUCGGUGUUCUUCCAGAGUCCUUUCUCCACUGUGGCACUAGACCCAUCCAAGAAAGGGAAAGGGAAGCCACCGAACAUCUCUGCGGUGGAUGUCAAACCCAAAGACGAGGCCAUCCUCUACAAGCACAAGUGUAAGUACUGUAGCAAGGUUUUUGGGACUGAUAGCUCCUUGCAGAUCCACCUCCGCUCCCACACUGGAGAGAGACCCUUCGUGUGCUCUGUCUGUGGUCAUCGCUUCACCACCAAGGGCAACCUCAAGGUGCACUUUCACCGACAUCCCCAGGUGAAGGCAAACCCCCAGCUGUUUGCCGAGUUCCAGGACAAAAUGGUGGCAGGAAAUGGCGUCCCCUAUGCACUCUCUGUACCUGUCCCUGUAGACGAGUCCAGUCUCUCUCUAGACAGCAAACCUGUUCUUGUAACCCCCUCUGUAGGGCUACCUCAAAAUCUCUCUUCAGGGACUAACCCAAAGGACCUUGUGGGUGGCCCAUUGCCCAGUGACCUGCAGCCCGGGCCUUCUCCAGAAAGUGAGGGUGGACCCACACUCCCUGGGGUGGGGCCAAACCAUAAUUCCCCAAGGGUUGGUGGCUUCCAAGGGAGUGGGACCCCCGAGCCAGGGUCAGAGACCCUGAAAUUGCAGCAGCUGGUGGAGAACAUCGACAAGGCCACCACUGACCCCAACGAAUGUCUCAUUUGCCACCGAGUCCUAAGCUGCCAAAGCUCCCUCAAGAUGCAUUACCGCACCCACACUGGGGAGAGACCAUUCCAGUGUAAGAUCUGUGGCCGAGCUUUUUCUACCAAAGGCAACUUGAAGACACACCUCGGGGUUCACCGAACCAACACGUCCAUAAAGACGCAGCAUUCCUGCCCCAUCUGUCAGAAGAAGUUUACCAAUGCCGUGAUGUUGCAGCAGCAUAUUCGGAUGCACAUGGGCGGUCAGAUUCCCAACACACCCCUGCCGGAGAAUCCCUGUGACUUUACGGGUCCCGAACCGGUGAUGGUCAGUGAGAACGGCAAUGCGAGUGCCAUCUGCCAUGAUGAUGUCGUUGAAAGCAUCGAUGUAGAUGAGGUCAGCUCUCAGGAGGGCCCCAGUAGCUCCGUGAAGGUCCCCGGGCCUCUCACCAGUAUCCACUCUGCAUCGCCCACUCUAGGGUUCGCUAUGAUGGCAUCUUUAGAUGCCCCAGGGAAAGUGGGUCCUGCCUCUUUUGGCCUGCAGCGGCAGAGCAGCCGAGAAAAUGGUUCAGUGGAGAGCGACGGCUUGACCAACGACUCGUCCUCACUGAUGGGAGACCAGGAGUAUCAGAGCCGAAGUCCAGACAUCAUGGAAACCACGUCCUUCCAGGCACUGUCCCCAGCCAAUAGCCAAGCAGAAAGCGUCAAGUCAAAAUCUCCCGAUGCUGGGGGCAGAGCCGAGAGCUCCGAGAACAGCCACACUGAGAUGGAAGGUCGAAGCAGUCUCCCUUCAACAUUUAUCCGAGCCCCACCAACCUAUGUCAAAGUUGAAGUUCCUGGCACGUUUGUGGGACCCUCAAUCUUGCCCCCAGGGAUGACCCCUUUGUUAGGCCCGCCACGCCGACAGCCCAAGCAACACGGCUGCACGCGGUGCGGGAAGAACUUCUCCUCUGCCAGUGCGCUGCAGAUCCAUGAGCGCACCCACACUGGAGAGAAGCCUUUCGUAUGCAACAUGUGUGGGCGAGCUUUUACCACCAAGGGCAACCUGAAGGUCCACUAUAUGACGCACGGGGCCAACAACAACUCAGUGCGCCGUGGGCGGAAGCUGCCCAUGGAGAACGCCAUGGCUGUGUUAGCUACGGAGGCAAAGAGAGUCUCAGAAAUGUUUCCCAAGGACGUCCUGGCCCCUGCGGUGAACACGGAGCCUGUGGUGUGGAACCAGUACACCAGCAUGGUCAACGGCGGUCUGGCCAUGAAGACCAAUGAGAUCUCUGUGAUCCAGAGCGGUGGGAUCCCCACCCUCCCGGUUUCCCUGGGCGCCAGCUCCGUCGCGAAUAGCGCCCCUGUCUCCAAGAUGGAUGGUUCCCAAUCAGGUGUCGGUGCCGAUGGGGAAAAACCAGGUGCAACUGACAGCGUUCCCAAACACCAGUUCCCUCACUUCCUGGAAGAAAACAAGAUUGCGGUCAGCUAAGCUAAAGGAGAACUGGCACAGAAGGAAAAACACAGGCAGAGUGAAAUCUUUCUAGAAUCUGCUUUUUUUUUUUUUUUUUUUUUCAUUUUCUUACAGAACCCAUCUCUUCCUGUUUUCUUUUUCUUAAACACGAUAUGCAAAUGAUGUUUACUAAGGUUGCGACCACAACCUCGGGCAGUCUUACAAUCACGAUUGUUGCUAUGCUGCUUUGCAAAAAAUGAAAAAAUCAAAAAAGAAAUUCAUACCAAAACAAAUAACAGACUGGAAUUUUUUUUUUUUUUUUUAAUUUUGGAAAGAAGCGGGUCUUGCAAAGUAGCUUUGUUACUUAUGAUAAACUGUAUACAUAGAACCUUUGUACAACCUAGAGUGACUUUUUCCAAAGACUGUUAACCUAUUUCAAGGUAGAACAGUUGGAAUUUACUGAACCACAGUGGAAAAGACAACUACUUAGCCUAAUUUGGGGGGAGGGGUCCUGUAUACUUCCAUGGUAACUGCGGGUAAAUGGACAAGGUCUAUCAUCUAUUUAGGGACCUGUUUUAUAUGCCCCCAACCCUGUCCCCAUCUUUUUUCUUUUCUUUUUUUUCUUUGAAUGUACUUAAAAAACAACAACAAAAAAACCCCCUAAGGUUGUAGAAUUAUAAAAUUCCUUCAACCUUAGAACCUUAAGUAGGAUGCCCUCAAAUGGACUUAUUUUAGUCCUUAGGGAGUCAACGUGUGUGUUGCUGCUUAUUUAAAUACAGUUCAUUUGGAACCCCAAGAGUGCCAAUACUCCCCACACUUCCUGGAUGCCUUCGUCUUCCUGAACACCAGAAGAGGUGGGCACCUGAGCGGGGAAUCUCAGGUGACUUAAUGUAGUUCGCCAGUGCCUACUCUGUUCAAGAACUUGGGUUUUCAUUCUUGAGAAGAAGCUCGUGGAAGGGUGUGUUUCCUGUCACAGGCUCACAUGCUGAUUGUGUUGUUUAAUCUCCUUGGUGUGAUUUAUGCCAAGUAAUUAUGAAGAUUUUUUUUUCCCUCGCUGAGUAUUUCAUGAAGGCUACGAAGUUGGAACAGGCAAGUCCUGGGUGUGAAAGCUUUAAUUUAUCUACCUCAUUUAAUUUUUUUGUUUGUAGCCAUAGUCUCUAUUUUCCUAUUUUAUGACCGCUGAAGUAUUCCCAGACCCCGUCUUAAACCUAAGAGUCGACAUAUUGAUGGGAACAGCUAGAUCUUUGAGAUGUUUUUUGUGAUUCCUGUUUUUGUAAUCUCCUUUUGUACAUGUAAUAAUAUUGAACAAAUGAUGAAACAGUUGCUCUAACGGUUUAACAAGGGAGGAGAGAGAAAGACCUUAACUUUUGGGUGGAGAAGGAUAGAGAAGUCUUUCCCCUCUCUGUGGAAGGCCCUUACUAAGAAGUGGAUCGAGACUGUUACCAAAAGUUUUGUUUGUUAGUUAUUGCACCUGACUUUAGGAUUCCCCUCCCCCCCCUUUUUUGCCAAGUUGUGCCUUUCCUUCUGGAAUUGUAAGUGAACACAAUAAUAGUAACUGUUUACACUGUGAAUUGGAUAUUGUUACAUAGAACACACCAGUGGCUUUCUCACUGUUGAGCUAAUGCCUUGUGAAUGUAUGAUCUACGGAGAAACCCCUGUAGCUGUACCUGCUGAUGCUGAC